AUUGAGAUGUGAAUAAGUGUUUGGUUAGGUUGUUUUUGAGAGCAGCGUAGCCUAUAGCAUCUAUCUAGUAUCUACUUCCUUUCCCAUUUCUGUCUCUGUCUUUCCCUCUCUCAUUAAUUCUACAAACCAAAUUCGAAUGAACUUUUUUUCUGCUUUUUAAGGUUUGGUGCAGUUUAUUAUUCAAUUAAUUAGUUUAUUAAUCAUUUCAAUAUCUUUUAAAAAAUGUAGCAAUGAAUUUGUAAAUUGCUUUUCCGAGGGGAAGGGGCUUGGCAAAUCACUUAUAUAACUCUACUUUACUAUUUAUUAAUCCUAAAUUCAACUUAGAAUAUUAGAGACUGAAAUAACAAUAGCAAUGGAUCUCAGAGAUGGUCAAACUCAACAAAUUUUGGAUCCUAACCAACCAACUCAUGUAUAUCAUCUAGCUUUGGAUAUUGGAGGAUCUCUUGCCAAGCUAGUAUACUUCACAAAAGAUGACAAUCAUUCGGUUGAUGGUGAGGAGGGGAUAUCUCAUAGAAAGACUUUGCAGAAAUCCAACGGCCAUAAGCAAUACCCUGUUCUUAAUGGGAGGCUAAAUUUUAAGAAGUUUGAAACAAGCAAGAUAAAUGAUUGCUUAGAAUUUAUCAAGUCCAUGAAACUUCAUAUUGGAGGUAUUCAGCCACAAGAAAAUCCUGGAAGUCAGCCAAUAGCUGUUAAGGCCACAGGUGGUGGUGCAUACAAAUAUGCAGACCUCUUCAAGGAGAGACUGGGAAUCAUUCUUGACAAGGAAGAUGAAAUGGAUUGUCUUGUUGCAGGAGCGAAUUUUCUUCUCGAGGUGGUCCACCAGGAAGCAUUUACCUAUAUGGGCGACCAAAAGCAAUUUGUGCAGAUUGACAAAAACGAUUUGUAUCCCUAUCUUCUUGUUAAUAUUGGGUCUGGUGUUGGAAUGAUUAAGGUGGAAGGAGAGGGAAAAUUUGAGCGAGUUAGUGGAACAAGUAUAGGUGGAGGAACUUUCUGGGGUUUAGGCAAACUUUUGACCAAGUGCAAGAGUUUCGAUGAGUUGCUGGAAUUAAGUUAUCGGGGGAACAACAGAGCAGUAGAUAUGCUUGUCGGAGAUAUUUAUGGUGGAAUGGACUAUUCUAAGAUAGGUCUUUCAUCCACUGCAAUAGCAUCUAGUUUUGGAAAGGCAAUUUCUGAUAAUAGGGAGCGUGAAGAUUACAAACCUGAAGAUAUUGCUCGAUCUCUUCUAAGAAUGAUCUCAAAUAAUAUUGGACAGAUCUCUUACUUAAAUGCCCUUCGCUUUGGGCUGAAGAGGAUUUUUUUUGGUGGAUUUUUUAUUCGGAAGCAUCCUUUUACUAUGGACACAUUAUCUGUUGCUGUUAACUUCUGGUCUAAAGGUGAAGCUAAGGCCAUGUUUUUGCGGCAUGAAGGGUUUUUAGGUGCUGUAGGUUCUUUCAUGAGUUCUGAUAAACAUGGUCUCAAGGAAUUAUUGGCCAACGAAGUGGUGCCAAGAAGUCCCAGCAAGUUAUCUUUUGCCGUGGAUAAAAUAUUGCGUAGUUUACCAGAUGGAGAGUUUAAUGGAGAUGAGAGUAUAGAGUGCAGUGUAUAUGCAGCUUAGAUGAAGCAAUUCCUCGUUGCUUCCACGACUUGUAGUUGUAAUAUAUUUUUAUUCUGUAUAAUGGUCGGAAGUAAGAAUUAUAACUAGUGAUUAUUGACCUAGAAUUAAAGCAAGGAAAAUUAGAAUGACAACGAGUUAUUUUUCAGUUUCUAUCAAUGAAUUUGUGUUGUAUAAGAAAAAAAAAAUGAUUUGUAUGAAUAAAUAAGGCAAAGCCAUGUUACUCA